AUGGCAUCUGAGUCGCUCAGCUCGUCCAGCAGCGAGUUCCAGGACCGUCGACCGGAGCCAGUGGCUUCCCGACGGGACAGCACGCCACAUGCAGCUCGCGGAGCCAGCGCAACCCCUGCACCCUCAGCCUGGUUUCCUCUGGGUUAUAGGGAAGGGUUCAGUCAAUGGUGGGCGUCUUUACCCGCCGCCACAGCCGAACACCGAGUUCUCUCCUACCUCCCUUACCUUCAGCAUCAACCCCCAACCCAUCUCCAGACCGGAAAGAAAUGCGGUUCUUCCAGCGGGUCUGGGAGUCUACAGUCUGCCGAUCAAACUCAACAGGGCGAGGUCUCGGCCGAUUCUACGAAUGACCCGUACGGCCCUCGAAAAUGGCGCUCUAGCAUGGUGGAGCUGAGCGGGAAGAACCGCGCUCUGAAUGAAUUCUCCGUCGAGAGAAUUGGUGAGGAAGCAGACCAGCAUCUUGUCAUGCUCCACGGGUAUGGUGCUGGUCUUGGAUUUUUCUACAAAAAUUUUGAGCCGCUCAGUCGGCUUAAAGGGUGGCAACUCCAUGCGCUGGACCUCCUGGGCAUGGGCCGCAGCACGCGACCAGCAUUCCGCAUCAAAGCGAAGGAGCGAGAGGAGGCCAUUAAAGAGGCCGAGGCUUGGUUUGUAGACGCUCUGGAGGAGUGGCGAGUCAAGCGCAAUAUCGACCGUUUCACCCUACUCGGUCAUAGUUUGGGAGGCUAUAUGGCAGUGGCAUAUGCCCUGAAAUACCCGGGACGCCUUAACAAGCUGAUCCUAGCUUCUCCCGUGGGAAUUCCUGAGGACCCCUACGCUGUGCGGGCAGAGAUGCCAGAGCCAUCCGAGUCGACCAUGGCCAAUGAGCUCACCCAGAACCAACGCAAUAUCGCCGAAUCGGCAUCUUCGGUUCCCCACAGCGAGAUCCAGAAAGGCGACAACAAUAUCCUGCUGAGGGGUGCCCCCACGGAUACUGCCGCUGGUCAAGACCAGCCGCCCCGACGCAUGGUCCCCAAGUGGUUCGCAUAUCUUUGGGACGCCAACAUCUCCCCCUUCACUCUGGUGCGAUGGGCGGGACCCUUGGGACCGCGCCUGGUUUCUGGCUGGACGUCUCGGCGCUUCUCCCAUCUGCCGGCUGAUGAGGCCAAGGCUUUGCACGACUACUCGUACUCGAUCUUCAGUAUGCGGGGCAGCGGCGAGUAUGCUCUGUCAUAUAUUCUCGCUCCGGGCGCAUUUGCCCGCAGUCCUCUAAUCCAGCGCAUUGAGGGCAUCGGCCGCCAGUUUAUUCACCAGAACCCAUCGCCUGCCCUUGAGUCUGCGAAGGCCCCCACAGCAGCCUCCCCCCAACCCACUCCUGAAUCCUCUGCCAGCCAAUCUUCCCUGACCGCAGCUAAACGCGAGAACGGCCUUCCGAUCAUUUUCAUGUACGGUGACCACGACUGGAUGGACGUCAAGGGCGGAUUGGCAGCGAAGACCAAGCUGGACCAAGAGAAGGAGCGCAUUCUGCAGAAUGCGACGGUCGAGGAACGCGCGGCCGACAACGGCUCCGCCAAGGUAGUCAUCAUCAAGCGAUCCGGCCAUCAUAUCUACCUGGACGGAUGGGAGGAAUUUAACCGAAUCGUUUUGGCCGAAAUGGAGGAGACGGCCCAGAAGGAGAGAGCCCGGAGCACGCAAUAG